CAAUUAUUGAAUAUUUGUCUAUAACAGUGUUAGCACACAUACUUAACACAUACAUUAAAAUAUAUUUUUCAUGAACAUAUUGUAACUGCGUCGUGAUCCAUAUUCGUGCUCUACAUUUAAUGUAUUUAAUACAGAAAACUCUUUCGGAGAUCAUUAUCAUCACGACGCGAUAACCAACAAUCACGUAAAAACACGCUAAAUGUGGAACGCGAAUUAAUUCACUUUUACCUGAUUUCAAUUUUAUAUAUAUAAUUCCGGGAUUUCAAUUCUGCCGAAGACGAUUCGGUGAUUCGGUCUGCGUUUACCGGAAAUCGAUCCAUCAGAAUACGAUAUUUCUUUAUCUGCAGCCGUGCGUUACCGUUUCGCAGGCUGCUCGCCUUAUUUCGUCUUAUCAAUAAUCGAAUCAGCUGCGCAAAUUUCUGAAGCGAACGAAAGUCGAGUCUAACAGAUCGGACGCGAUCGACGCGAUUAUUCACUUUCUCGGCCAGACGCUCAUUCUCUUCCGGCUAUCCCUCUUUUUUCCCUCUCUCUGCUAUGUGCAGGGUCGGUUCUAGACAGUGUCAGAGAACUGUCCAUCUCGAAUCCGAAUGUUUUAGUCGAGGAAAAUUCAAGCCUAUAUUGAAAUGAAAAAGCUCUCGACUUGUCAAAUCUUAUUCAUAUUCAAUUUUAAAAUUUCUUUUAAAAUAAUUUGAUAUUUAAAUUCAUAUCGAAUUUAUUUAACUGAAUAUACACGUAAGUUGUCGCAGAUGUGAAUGAUAAUUAGCAGUUGGUACAUGGAAUAAUUUCAAUGCUAAGCAGGACAAAAACAAUUGGAGAAAGUUUUUUAUUCAGAGCCAUAUAGUACAGCAUAGAAAAAAUGUCGCAGUAUAUUGCUGCAAUAUUUCAGCAAUAUUACAACAACCCGUAUAAUAUUGUAUUAACGUUGCUGCAACAUUACGAAUCAAUAUUUUCCAAGCGGACAUUUUAUCGUUGCUGCAAUAUUGUAGCAAUAUUUUACACUGUCUUCUGUGCUCCUACGGGAGAGGUUUGAAACGUGUGAAUGGAAAAUAUAUGAAUGCUGCGGGACAUGUGAAUGAAAAAGCACAGAUUCCAUGUUCUUUUUCAUGUUCCAAGAUAAAAUUCAUUCUACCUUACCAAGGCACGUCACACGCUAAUUACUGCGCGGGAUUAUAAUUAAUAUGCGGACAGAAAUACAUCUUGGAAGACAAAGGGUUGAUCCGGCGCUGCUCUCCCACCGCGCGCCACCCUGAACACCCAGCGCGAGUAACGGCUCGAUCAGCGGCGCGCACGGCUUUACUGCUUUAGUCGCGUGCCGGUAGUCCGUUGUGAAUCAACGCACUUGCCGCGUGUGUGCGAGUCGGCUCGGGCCAACCGGCGGUGGUCCCGUUCGCGAAUCACGCCGCUCUGACAUUAUUCGACGCGUGAUCCGCAUCGCAAUUUCGCUUAUUAAUCCAUUCGGAAACGCAAUCGUCGUUAUCGCGACGAUUCCAAGUGUGCAUUUUAGAGGAGAAAGAAAACGAAAGGAAUUUUUGCGAGCAGAGAGAGAGGACAAUUGCUAAUCGACCGAGAUCAAUCAUCGAUCUUCCGACGAAGAAGCGUAUUGGAAACUGACGGUUAUUCAGUAUCUUUGAGAAGAUAGACUUGAGUGGCGAAAGUCUAAUAUUUCAGUAUUUAAAGAAAAAAGGAAAAGAUACGAGACGCUUGUGUUAAUUCGAGUGUGAGUGGUUGAAGUCUUUUAUACGGCAGAAUAGAGAUAGUUACCGGUUGUGAUAUCUCUAUUGAUCGUAAUCGAGGAAAAGUUUAAACUCUUAAACUUGAAAAAAAAUUUAUUUAAAGUGUAUCAGUCAGUAAUUCAAGUGUCAAUAUUAACUAGUGAUUUUUGUAUAACUUGAAGACAAAUAUUUGCUGAUUCCAGAAGAUUGAAGUAGUCGAUUAUCGAGGUAAUCGCUUGAUGAUAUAAGGAUAUAUAUAUACACAACAUAUCCUUGCUAUUUUUGUGAGAACAGUGAAGUGUUAGAAACAUUGUCGUGGACAAAGCUCUAUCGAUUAUGUAAAAACUUGGAAUAAAUAAACGCGGAUUAUAAACUUGAAGUACUGACAUAAUAGGGAGAGAAAAUUUAAGGCUUGUUAUGCAAAAUUAAUAUACGUCAAUUUUGCAAUUUGUGUGACCAGUGAUCGAGAAUAUUUACCAGUUCUAUACGAAAAAGAAUUCUUUCUCUAUUUGAAAAAGAAAAUAUAAACAGUUAUUGAACUUUGCACUUUGUGAACGUGAAGUUCACAAUUGUGUAGGUUUGAAAAGAGAAAUUAUCUCAUUCCACGAAGAAUACACAACGAGUUUACGAAAAUACCACAACCAUAAGUGUUACAGAAAGACAAAUAAAGCGCGUGGUAUAGCUGGCAUAUAAAAAUCUGGAAAAAAAAGAGAAACGUUAUAUUUUUAAAAUCACAGUUCUUCAAACUGUACAAACGUAGAGAGCAAAUACGUAUCAAUAAUAGAGAAUAACUUCUGUCUAUGAUUUAAAGCUUCCAAAGCGUUACAAAUAACAAGCACAGUGAUCUGCAACAUAAAGAAUAGAAAAAGAAUUGAUCGAAAAACGAUAGAAGGAAAUUUCUAUGUGAUGCAACAUAAUUAGCUACGGAGAAGAGCUAGUCGAAGCCUAGUCUCACAUUUCGAAGAAUUAAGUGAAACGAUAAAAGUUUAAUUUUGAUCUCGAUAUUCCAUAAUAUGAGACGGAAUAAAAACGAAGUGUAAUCGUGAUAUAAUUCGUGGGACGGUUCAGUAACCGAUCGGAUCUCCGGAUCAUGGCACCAGCGAACAAUCUCGAUUGGUCAGAACCGUGUCAGCAGUGGCGAUAUCCAAAAUUCUGUUCGACGAUGGCCGCACAAAAGAACGAGCGUCCUAAGAGCGCAGUGGAACUGGGUGGCAAAGAGGCCAACUCUGCCUAUAAAAAAUUCUGCAAGUUCUUGCGUCGACUAAGCAACAAGAAACGCAAGGAUGGCAGCAAGGUAACGACUGUAGUAGCGACUCCCGGUGCUGGCCCGGAUCGUCCUCAGGAAGUUGCGUAUACCGAUACCAAGGUCAUUGGCAAUGGAAGCUUCGGCGUGGUGUACCAGGCGAAACUCUGCGAUUCGGGAGAGAUGGUUGCUAUCAAAAAGGUCCUUCAGGAUAAACGAUUUAAGAACAGGGAAUUACAAAUCAUGCGACGUCUUGAGCACUGCAAUAUUGUGAAACUCAAAUAUUUCUUUUACUCUAGUGGUGAUAAGAACGUCUUAACCGCGACUAAUCCGGUUUUUCACGUCGACAAGGACGAGGUUUAUCUUAAUCUAGUCCUGGAAUACAUACCCGAAACUGUGUACAAAGUCGCUCGACAUUAUAGCAAAAGCAAGCAGACGAUACCGAUCAGUUUCAUCAAGUUAUAUAUGUAUCAGCUGUUCCGUUCGUUGGCAUACAUCCACUCGCUAGGCAUUUGUCACAGGGAUAUCAAGCCACAGAAUUUGCUUCUAGAUCCAGAUACUGGUGUCCUGAAACUAUGCGAUUUUGGUUCAGCCAAACAUCUUGUGAAGGGCGAACCAAAUGUGUCCUAUAUCUGCAGUCGCUAUUAUCGCGCACCUGAACUCAUUUUCGGUGCUAUUGACUACACUACAAAGAUUGAUGUUUGGAGUGCAGGUUGUGUGCUAGCGGAACUGCUGUUAGGUCAACCGAUAUUUCCGGGCGAUAGUGGUGUCGAUCAGCUAGUAGAGAUUAUCAAAGUCCUUGGUACGCCUACGCGCGAUCAGAUACGUGAGAUGAACCCCAAUUAUACCGAAUUCAAAUUCCCACAAAUCAAGUCGCAUCCCUGGCAAAAGGUAUUCAGGGCGCGCACGCCGCCAGAGGCGAUGGACCUGGUAGCACGACUACUGGAGUACACGCCAUCGCUGCGCAUGACCCCUAUGCAAGCGUGUGCGCACUCAUUCUUCAAUGAAUUACGUGAGCAGGGCACGCGGUUACCAAGCGGCCGUGAAUUGCCGCCACUCUUCAACUUCACCGAGCACGAGCUGCGGAUCCAGCCGAUCCUUAACUGCGUGCUGAUACCCAAGUACAUACAGUCGGCCGCCGCCACCACCGGUACGGAGGGAAAUCCCGGCGGGGGCGGAGGUGGCGGCCAGUCGGACGCCACGGGCGCCGCUGCCAGUGCUAGCGGUAACUCUAGUGAUAAUAGCGCCAACAAUCCCACCACUAACACCACCGCUACCAACACGCAAAACACUGACCCCAGCCAAUCGAACAUGGCUUGAAUCGCUUUAUUCUAUCUUCUACUUUUCUUUUCCUUUUUAAUGUUAUUAAAGAGUUGGAUUAUGACGUUGUUAUGGUGGCAUGACGAAGUAAUCAUCUUCUGACGAGGAUGUCCACGUUGUAAAUGCGAUGUACCGCGUUGCGGAGUGUGUAGACAUAAGAUUUUCAUCUUCUCUCUAGCGAGAAGUAGCGUAGUACAGCGACGCGAUUCAGCGGAAUUAAGGCUCCUCGCUCAUCUCCAUAGGCACGUUGAACAGGGGUCCUAAUUCCCUUUUUCUUAACGGGACAGAAUUAAUUCAUAAUUUUCAGAGAACGAACGCAGAACGUAACAUCGUCAACUUCUCUCAUUACUUACUGACUUCUGCUGCCAAAGGUUGCUGAUUGACCAACUUAUUAAUUCAAAUAUAUUAUUUACGAUUCUAUAAACAAAAGAGCCAAAAUUCUUUUACUUCUUCUAUCUUUAUUUCUUAUCCUUUUAACGAAAAUUGUUACUUGCUUAUCUUUUAAUGAUAAAAUCACUACUGGCAUGGAACAGCUAUACAAAUUUCGAAAUAGCAGUUGCUUUACUAUAAUCACAUUUAAGAUUCAUGAAGACGUUCCUGGUAAACUAUAUAGUAAUAGUUAGCAAAAAUAAAUAGAAGAAAGAUUAUAUUAAUUUUAUAAUUGCAUGAAAUAUAUAGGAAUAGAAAUAUAUAUGUUUACUGAUAUGCUCACGCGUACAAUUUUCACAUAAAUGUAAUAAGUAUAAAUUAGGUGUUCUGAUUAAAUACACAUAAUUCAUAAUGAGAAAGGAAGUCUUGAUGGAUGAGGUCUCCUAAAUUAGAGGUAAAUGUCAUAAAGUUGUAUGUAAACAGUUGUAAAAUUAACGAAGAUAAAGAGAAACAUUGCAUCUUUCUUAAUUGCAUUUUUUCUCUAAUCUUUAUACAUUAUUGAAUAAAAAACGCACAAUUUUUAUUUAUUACAUCCGUAGAUUCCAUGUUACAUCCCAUUUCUUGUUAAAUAAUUUUUUAAUUUGCUUAGUUUUUUGGAGAGCAAAGUCAGUCAGUGCCGAAAUUUGUCCCCUUUUUCUAGAAAGGGAGUUUGGACCUACUUUCUGUGGCCAUAUAGUGUCAAAAAAAUUUUACAUACAUUGAAAAAUUAUGUUUCUCUUACGUUAUAACUUGCAUUUGAUAAAAUGGGUUUACGAAACGCACCAAGAAUUUUCAAGUUAAUAAAUAUCUAUGAAGCUGUUACAAAAAAUUCAUUUUUGCUGCAGAUACAUGAGACAUGUAUAUAGCUCAUCUGGUUAAUUUAUAUACUGCUAAAAAAGUUUCGGAAUUGUUUUCGAAUUUAUUCUAUCAAAUGUAAAUUGUAACGAGAAACUAAUUAACAAUUGCUUUAAUGUGCAUGCGCGUAAAGAAAAUUUCUGCUAUUCUUUAUUUCUUUAUUUAUAUUAUAAAGCUUAUAUUACAAACCGAUGUUAACUGAUUACUAGGAGUCUUAAUUACGUUUUGUUGUUGCCGAAUUGAAUUCAGUGUGUGUAUAUAUAUACAUAUAUAAAUAUGUAUAUAUAUAUACAUAUAUACAUACAUAUAUGUAUAUGUGUGUAUGUGUGUGUGUAUAUAUACACAUAUACAUACAUGUCCAGGACGUGUCCCCCCUUUAACUUUAAACACCGCUAAAUGCGUUUACUCUAAUUAAAGGUAAAUUAGAGGAUGUAUAAUCUAAUACGUCUAGUAAUGUCGUUUGCGUCGCCAUCAUUUUAUAUUUUAAGACACUGCGGUAUCGAAACUCGACGAAAAUAUCGAUUUAAAGGGAAUGUGAAUACUGAUGAUAGUUAAAGAAUGCUAUGUUAUCUUUUGUAGACUAGGACGACGCAAUUUAACAGCAAAUGCUUAAUUAUAUCCUAUGUAUAUACAAAAAAAUAAAAUUUCUCUUUAACAUAUUGACUGCUAUGUUAUAUGCGUUAUUUAUAUAUGAAUGACUCUUUGUUUUUGUCAUUCAAAUGACGAACGACAUCAAAUUUUCAUAAGAAGCCCAGUUGUGCAAUGAUGUUGAUAAAAAAAAGAAAUGAAAAAAAAACGUGUUUAGUUUCUUGCAAAUUUUUUAUUUAACUGAAUGUCAUUCAUGCAUAAGUGACACGAUAGUCAAUGUGUUAAUUGACAAUGGUUUAUUGCGUGACCCUACUAGAGUUAAAAUACAGUUGAUAGACCGUACUGUGAACUCGUCAGGACCAAAACGAAUUACUUUUUAUGUACUUCUUCUUCAGUUUCUAUAAUUGAAUUUUAAUAUGGUAUAUAGAAUGAAAAUAUGUUACUUCUUACUUGUUUUGCUAUUCUAAUAUUAUCACGUGAUAGCAAAUGUAAAUAACGGGAAAGCUAUACAGAAAAUUCUCUUUAAAGAACAUUUAUUAGUUCACAAUACGGGAGUUUAUUAUACGAAUAUUCGACUGUAUAUGUAACUAUGAUUAUGUCUAGGCAUUUCUAAGAUACGAGGAUUUCAAUAUUUGAUUAUGUCUAGACAUUUUUAAGACACGAGGGUUUCAAUAUCAGUGCAAAAUUAAUUUGAGAAAGUACAGAUGCCUGUUGAAAGAUCGUGGUACUGUUAAUGUAAUUCGGCAGCAAAAACAAAUUUCACGCUGAAUUGACUUAAAUGUACAUACAGAAUGUACAUAUAACUGGUUCCUCCUUAACCGACAAUUGCCAAGCACAAUUUGGGUUGAAUACAUUACAAUAUGUAAUCAAAUGUUUAGUAAUUAAUGCAUCGAAAGAUUGAUUGAAAAACACAUUGAUUAAAAAAAGGGUUAUUGUUAUCAACAUAAUUUAGCUUCUAUGCAAGAAUCAUUUUUUUUCUUUAAUUAUUAAACGCAACUCUAGUUAAACAAAAAUUCUAGAUAAAUACGUAAUUUAGAAUCUGAUAUAAUUUUAUAGAAUGCGAAGGCAAAACAAAAAUAUAUUGGUAUAAUUUAAAAUUCUCACUUAAAAUUCAACCAUCGAAUAUAUUACAUUUAUUUGUGAAUAAUUAAUAAUUUUUUCAUGAAGAAAUGUAUUUGUUAAAAUUAUACUGGUUUCAAGUUAUACAUGAACGUUAUUGCAAAGUUGGUUUGGGAGAGGACUAGUACAAAUUGGAAAUGGAAUAAUAUAUUAUUCUCAAUUAAUAACGCGAUUAAUUACUACCGAACUUUCUUCAAGAUUUCAAUCAAACUGCAUAUUGCACUGCAAAACAAUAUAACACAAUGAAUGUGGAUAGCGAGCGACAAUAUCAAUAAUUAACAUUCGCAUUUCAUCUUGACUGAUUGUCAUGUAGACAAUGAUCAUGGAAGGGAUACUCUUUAUUUUGUGUUCAAAUUUCUAACGGAUUUCUUCCGUUAAUGACUAGUACUGAUAAACGCAGAGAUACUUGAAAUAUGUUUCAAAAUGUACAAGAAUGUCUCUUUCAGAUAUAAAAAUCGAUCGACUCGCCGCAAACUAAGACGCGCUGUUAUAAUUGAAGAGAAUGUCAUCUAACAAAUUCUUGCCGGAGCAUUUAGUGAAAAAAAAAACAGAUAUUAAUUAAUGCCUAUAUCGGUCAUGCCUCGGCUCUUAAAAUUGUUAUCUCUAAACAUUUUUACUAUUCUGUUUUUUCCGGAUUCUCGGCUUUCUAAAUUUUUUCUUGUUUUUUUUUUCUUUUAAUGUAGAUGACGAACUUCUGAUCGACUCAAUGGAGCGAUUUGUAAUAUUUUUAAGCCGAUGACAUCGUACAUGGCGAAUAAACUUUUUGAUGUGUUAUUAAUGAAACUCCUUUGAGAGAUCAUUAAAAAAAGCUUUUGUGCGUAAUGUCCCAGGAAUCAGUUACAUAGGAAACAGUUAAAAAUUCAAGUUUUUCUUGCAAAAGAAAACUCUUGUAGUGAAUUCUAUAAAACGCACUAGUAUAUUGAUGCGCGUUAAAGCCGUUGUACAUAAAUUUACGUAAAAAUGUGUGUUUCAUAUAAAUAUGUAAAUUGGUUCAAUUGCAAAAUUCUCAAUACACUUUAUUGUGCUGUUUGUUAAAAUAUACAUUUUAUUAUUCGAGAGAAUGGCAUUUUAUUUUUACAUUAUAGAUCAAUGUACAAUGGCUUUAAUGCGCACUAGUGCAAUCCAAUCAAAUUCGCUAUUAGAUUAAGAAGACACGCGCUUUAGUCCAAGAAUUAUGGAAAGGACAUGAUUUCCAUUUUUUUUAAAUAUAGUUUUAAAAAGAAAAUAAUUUAUAUAAAUAUGAAAUAAUAAAAAUAUUUCUGAAAUUUCACAAAAUGGUUUUAGCACUAAUAUUUUAGAGUGAUUGCUAGUCGUUUCAAAAAAGAGAGAUUUACUCUAAUUAGAAUGAAUACGGUCACUUAUAAACUAAUAGUAAACUUUUCAUUAAAAUUUUUAGAGAGAGAUUAACGUAACGUGAUCUCAUCUGGCAAAUCCUACAAGUUUUAUUUUACUGAUUUUGAAUGAAGCAAAAAAUUCACUUUACAGUAAAGUAAUACAACGUUGAAACAAACUGGAUAACUGUACGCGACAUCGCCACCGGAGGGACGCGGUAAAAUAAUAUUUUUCAUAAAUAAAAAUCAUACAAAAUUAAAUAAAAGAUGCAGCAUUAUAAGUUUUAUUCCUAUUCUAACAAAAUGAUUUUUAGAGGCCUCUAAAAGGCUCUAAGUUAAAAAUAAAUAAAAUGCAUUUCGAGAAUAUUAUAUAAAAAUUUUACUCUGCAAAAAGUGAAUCAGUCUACUUUACCAGAAUGAAACAAUCUCGCUUUGAUAAAAAGAACUACCAAGUAAAUCACAAUUUACUCUAUACUGACUGGUAAAUAAUUCUAACAGUAAAAUUUUGCAUUUAAAAGUGGGAAAGAAUAACAUAAUUUACUUUUAUGAACACCAAUCUACUUUAUUUGAAAAGAGUGUCCUUUUACUCAAACGAGUAUGAUUUUAUUAGAACUUGUAAAAUACAAUUUAACUCUUACUUGAAAUGACAAGUUGUUUCAAAUAAUAUUUCAUUCUACGAAAUUUAGAGAUUAAAUAAUUUUUAUACACAAUAUAAAUAAAAAAGAAUACAUUUUUUGUUGAGUUACUACUGUCGACAAUUUUGCAAUAUAUUAAUAGUUACGAGAUUCAAAAUUAAAUUAUUUGUUUAAUGAUAUGAUAGAAAAUGUGUAACAUAAAGUUGCAGAAAAUUAAUGAAAAUAAACAUAUAAUUCUCUGAAUCUAAAAAUUCAAAAAUAUAUUGAUAUUCCUUGCACAGCUGCAUCCUGGGACAGUCUAGUUAUCUUAAUGUCUAACAUAUCAUUGUGUUGCAAUGGAUAAUAUUCCACCAGUUCGGUCCUUCUUCCUUCACGAGAAGAAACCAGGGAUGAAAUGCAAAAGAAACGAAGAAAGAAUAAGUGAUAUAUAAAAAUUAGAAACGUUGAUAUUCAAAUUAGAAUUUUAUCGACGUUGAAAACAUUAAAUUAAAUUUUUUAAUCAAUAACUCUUUCGUCUUUCUUGCUUUCUUUUUGUAAUUAGUGUUACAUCUCACGUUUAAUUUUAAACAAAAUCAUCGUUAACUUUUCUAAUUUUGAAGGAAUACGUAGAUUUACUCUUCAGAUUAUAUUUUUGGUUUUGAGAAAAGGAAAAUGUGUUUUGUACAAAAAGUUGUAAACGCGCCGAUAAUAGAAAAGUGAAGUUUACAUUUUCGCCAUGUACAAAUUUGAUUUACGCCCUAUUCUGUAUAAUUAAAAAUAAAUACCAUUAUAAAUUAUAAAGAUUAAAAUAUUGCGCAAAAUAUAUAAAUACAUAUAUUCUGAAAACGAGAAAUGUUUUUACCCGUUUAGGUAUCUGCUUAAUUGCUUUAUUACAAGCGAUUUUGAAAAUAUUAAAUAGGUUAUUAAGUAGUUGUACAUAUCUUAAAGUAAUUUUCUAAUUGUUUUGAAUAGUACAUUUAUAAAUUUGUAAGAGAUGGCUGGCUCGAUGCAAAGGCUUGGACUAUUCUUUGUAUUGUCACUGUGUUAAUACACAAUACAAAAUAUUUUUUCAUACAAGAGAAAUUUUAAAAUAACCAGAAUUGAAACUUUGUGAAGAAUUACAUCAAUAUCUAUGUCUGUUUGUUUCAGUUGCAUCUUUUACACUUUAUUUCUUCUACUUUUCUUUGAAGCCUAGAAUUAUAUAUCUAUUUUAUUUUAAAGUGCAUGAAAGUGCAAUUGAUACAAAUAGACUCUCCGUUUCUUUCGAGCGAUUUUUAAAAAACAAUUAGGAGAAACAUCAAAUUUGGAGAAGAAAUUAAUCAGAAAUUUAGGUGUAAAAUAAGCAAUAAAUCUUAAUACGAACAUCGCGCGCGCGCGAAUAUCCGCUUUUUGGACGUAGAUAUAUUGUUGAUUAUUUAUCAUUAUUAAUAAACAAAUUCAUCGAG